CGGCUUUUGGAGGCGGAAGCGUUUGUCAGUCCCCAGCCGCUCUUCUGCUUUCGCUAUUGCCUUCGUCGUCGCUCGCCGUAGCCGUCAAGAUGCAGAACGAGGAGGGAGACAACGUCGAUCUCUACAUCCCCCGCAAGUGCUCCUCGACGAAUCGGUUGAUUACGUCGAAGGACCAUGCUUCCGUCCAGAUCAAUGUUGGGCAUCUUGACGAGAAUGGCGUCUACAGGGGCAACUUCACCACGUUCGCACUGUGCGGCUAUGUCCGUGCGCAGGGCAGUGCUGACAGUGCACUCGAUCAGCUGUGGAUGAAGAAGAAGGCGGAACUUGGUCAAUGAAUAUAUAUAUAUCUCGUCACAAACAGAACUGCCCGGUAAACCGUAGGUAGAGAGAGAGAAGAGGACAACAAACGAGGGGCUGUGAC